GGGAGCGGCGCUACGCUGCGGCGGGGCCGGGGGCCGGCGGGCGGCGAGCGCUGCCGCCGGUGCCGCGGCUGGGGGCCAUGCCGCCGCGCCGCCCGCCCGCCGCGCCGCCCCGCCGCCCGCCCGGCGACCGGCGAGGCAGCAGCGCCCGGCGGCGGGCGGGAUAAUGCGGCUGCCCAGCCCGCAGGCACCGCCAGCGGGGCUCCCCCGCCGCCGCCAUGUCCCCCCCGGCCUCGGCGGCCGCCGCCAGCGAGGGAGGCAGCAGCACGCCGGUGCCUCCGGAGGAGGAGGCGGAGGGGGCCCGAGAGGAGCAGCGGCCGGUGAAGCAGUCUCUCAGCAAGUCCCUGUGCCGAGAGUCCCACUGGAAAUGCCUGCUGCUGUCCCUCCUCAUGUACGGCUGCAUGGGAGCCAUGACCUGGUGCCAUGUCACCAAGGUGACCCGGCUGACCUUUGACAGCGCUUACAAGGGCAAAUCCAUGAUGUACCACGACAGCCCCUGUUCCAAUGGCUAUGUUUAUAUCCCCUUGGCCUUCCUGGUGAUGCUCUACGUGGUGUACCUGGUGGAGUGCUGGCAUUGCUACACCCGCAAUGAGCUGCAGUACAAGGUGGACGUGGAGAGCGUGCAUGAGCGCGUGCAGCGGAUGCAGCAGGCCACCCCCUGCAUCUGGUGGAAGGCCAUCAGCUACCACUACGUCCGCAGGACCCGGCAGGUUACCCGCUACCGCAAUGGGGAUGCCUACACCACCACCCAAGUGUAUCACGAGCGGGUGAACACCCAUGUCGCAGAGGCUGAGUUUGAUUAUUCCAAUUGUGGAGUUAAGGACAUCUCCAAGGAUCUCAUUGACUUGGAGAGCUACCCAGCCACGCGGCUCCGCUUCACCAAGUGUUUCAGCUUUGCCAACGUGGAGUCAGAGAACUCCUACCUGACCCAGCGGGCCCGCUUCUUCACAGAGAAUGAGGGCCUAGAUGACUACAUGGAGGCUAGGGAGGGGAUGCACCUCAAAAAUGUGGACUUCAAGGAAUACAUGGUGGCCUUUUCUGACCCAGACAACCUGCCUUGGUAUGUAUCCCACUAUGUCUUCUGGGUGGCGGCUCUGCUGACCCUAUCCUGGCCCUUGCGGGUGCUAAAUGAGUACCGCACCUCCUACGUCCAUUACCAUGUGGAGAAACUCUUUGGGUUCGACUAUGUGGCGGUGACACCGGCUGAGGAGCGCUCCUUCUGCCGGCGGAUGCCCCGUGUCAACACGGUGGACAGCACCGAGCUGGAGUGGCACAUCCGAUCCAACCAGCAGCUGGUGCCCAGCUACUCGGAAGCGGUCCUGAUGGACUUGGUGGGGCUCUCUGGCUGUACCAGCUACUCCGCUUGCCGGUACGGGGGCUACCGGCAGAACUGCGAGCGGUGCCACAGGACUAUAAGCAGCUCCUCCAUCUUCUCCCGCAGUGCCCUGAGCAUCUGCAAUGGCAGCCCCAGGAUCCCCUUCAGCAGCAGCCGCUUCUCCCUGGGCCGCCUGUACGGCUCGCGACGCAGCUGCCUCUGGCAGAGCCGGAGCGGGAGCCUGAACGAGCAGAGCUGUCCCACCGAGCAGACCCGCCUCUCCAGCCAGGUGACUGUGGAGGAGGAAGAUCCCCCGACUUACCAGGAUGCCCUCUACUUCCCCAUCCUCAUCGUGCACCGAAAUGAAGGCUGCCUGAACCAUGACCACCGUCACCUCCACCGCAACGGGUCCUGCGUGGAGACCUCACUGUGAAAGCAGAGGGCGGUGAGACCUCGUUGUCCAUUGCCUGGCUUGAGCCAGCGCAGGAUUUGGGGAGAGGAGUGCAGGGGAGGGAGAUGGCCCAGGAGGACAUCAGGAUGAAGCAGACAUGGCAUCUUUCUCCAGCAGCCAGCAAAAGCUCCCCCCGCUGUGGCUCUGACCUCCCAGAGGGGUGAGUGCUGAUGCUCCCCUGGACAUGGCACAGAACUCUAGACCAACCACCACAUGCAAAAAAACCAAACCCAACCAAAACAACCCCAAAACCGUAAUUCAUGGCAUCAAGAUCCAAAGGGGGAAUAAAAAGACAGGCCUGAUGAAGGGAGGUGGGUGCUUUGGCUCCCAGCCCUCACUCCAGGCUGGCUUGUGCUCCGAGGAACCAGCAGCCACCAGAAAGUGCUCUGUUGCACCUCUGCCCGUCCUGCUGCUCGUGCUGGAGUGAGACCCCUCGCAGGGUGGAGGGGAACAGGCCCCUUAGGAGCAGCGUGUAACUGCCUGUGCCUAAAGGUCUGGGCCAUUCAGGCACCUGGAGCUGAGCAGCAGGUUAGAGCAAAAGCUGAAAACGGACGAAUCCAGCUCUUACCCUUCCCCCCGACCGUUCCCCACCCUCCCCACGUUUGUUUUUUUUUUUAGACCAUGCUUCGACUGUUACUCUCUUCUCCCUGCUGGAAAUGGCACCGCCUGUAGAGGGUCCCAGGCUUGGCUCCUUAGGAAGGCUCAGCAUGCAAACUCUGAGAGUCAUCAUCCCCUCGGUAAAGGGCUUUUGGUUUGGGAUUACGGCAGCCAGGCAGCACCAGGAAGGGAUGAAUGUGCAAACCCAGAUGGAGCGGAGGUCUGUGACGCUACUGAUACACUUGCUGGAGGAGGGCUCAGCUGGAAAGAGAAAAUGGGAGGCUCCCAGUGAGCUGGUGAAGGGGGAG